AGAGAACUACUUCUCUCCAAGGACUGGUUUUGGCUUCCUUAUAAACUUUAUUCAAUUCUGUAUAAUAUGCUAAAGGGUACACUUGACGUGUGUACGUGUGUGCGCGCGCGUGUGUGUGGCCUCGCAUCUACAUAUACAACUGUGCGCAGCUGCUAUACCUGUGUACCCUAGUGUACCUCUAUGCGCUAAUUCGUUGCAAAAAAAUUCGGCACCUAAACCGUCAGAAACGUGGUUAGGUGUUGUAUCUUCCAACGGAAAAUUUCAUCUAUUAACUUUGAUCUUAAUACAGAGCAUUUGAAAUCUGUUGUCCCUUGGUAAAAAUACAAAGCCUGCAGCUCUAUUCUCCGCGAGGUGGAAAGACAUAAACAACAACACAAAGCAGUUUCAUAUGACAGGAUUUUUAUUUUAUUACACCUUUAAUAUAUUUGGAUGACGUUCAAUUGACUUUUGUUUGUAAACAAGUGUUAAGGAGUCGUAAAAUGAAUCACUUGAAACGUAUUCCGUACAGAUAUCCAUGCUGUUGGUUGCAACACUCACAGUUAUUCUCAUCAACGUUAAAUUCUGAAAUACAAAUACCACCUAGGAUAGAACGGGGGCCAACAGAUAUCUUGCAUGCUCUUGAGCGUACGGUGGACAAAUGUGCAACAAUUAACCGAACUACAAUCACUAAUGAUUUCUAUUUAUGUCCACGAACCAAAAGCGAAUUUUUUACUUAUUCCUUGGCCUAUGAAUCUGGUAGAAAGACAGCACAUUGGAUACACAAAGAACAUAGAGAUCUGUUUCCAAAACAUCUUUCAGUACCCCCAAUUGAAGCAUAUUUACCACCAGUGGUUUAUACAGAUGAAAGUCAAGUGUCGGAAGAAGAGCUUUUACAAGCUAUAUCAAAAUUAAAAGUGUCAGAUGCAUUAGAUAUUUACAAGCUGCUACCAAAUGUUUCCAAUACAACCAAACAAGCUCUUUUAGAAUUAUUAUGUUUUUCCAAUGCGGAUGCAGAUAUGUUUACGCCAUAUGAAUAUCAAAAGUGGUUUUUCUUAUUAUCAAAAAACUCACAGUGGUCGCAUUUCCCAGUGAUUGAGGACUUAUAUAAAUUUUUGUCAAGUCAAGAAGAUUCAGUAACAGUAGCUAAAGCUCACAAUGCCAUGAUACUUGGCUAUGCAAAGUGGCAAAAAAUUGAGGAAGCUUGGUUACUGUACCAGAAGUGUAUAGAAGAUAAUAUUCCAUUAAAUGUUACUACACACAAUUAUGUAAUUCGGAUACAUUCAGAGCUGUUUCAGAUUGUAGAUUACGAUUCAUUAUUAAAUAUUCUUAGACGUAUGAAUGACAAAGGAAUUACACCAAAUGUUAGAACUUUGAAUGCUGCUCUUUAUGCGCUUUCUAAAUUACCAGACCUUGAACAAGCCAAAACUCUUGCAAUACAUUUGCUCAUAGAGUUCAAAAGACUGAAAGUAAAAUUGUCGUUAGCAUCGUACAUGCAUACCAUUGCUAUAUUUACUCGUGAAAGACGUUCUGGAUAUGAUGCCUUCAAAAAUAUAAUAGAAUCUAUUCCAGAAGAGGAGAUGGCCAUUCAGGAUCCAGAUGAUGGACAAUUUUUUGUUCAAGCUAUAGGUUUGGCUUAUAAAUACUUAUGUUACGCAAGUGGUGAAAAAAUAAACAAUAUUCUUUUAGUUGGAAACAAUUAUAAAUUUCAAUAUUGUUCACAACAAGAGAAUAGGUAUUUCUUCUCGUACUUAAUGCUGUUGUUGUCAACAUGUUCGAUUGAAGAAUUCUUUACGAUUUACCAUAAAGUUGUUCCAUAUUACUACUUACCAGAGUAUAAACUUUGUGUAGAAAUCUUAUCGUUUAUACAACUGCAUACACCGAAAGAAGUAGGAGAAUAUUUAACCACAUUUUGGUCGGAAUUGGAAAGGUUGCGUUUGACAAACACAGAUCUUGGUUUCAUCGCAUUGGAAACGAUAUCGCGCAGCAUUUCACAGCUUGAACAGCCGUUGAAAAGAAUGUGGGCAAAUGCAGCUAUCAAAAUGUGGAAAUCUAUAAAGCAUGAGAAGACGGUAAAAAAUGUUCCUACUUCUUUAAUUGGUCAUAUAGUGUUACUUUUAUUGACAAAUAAUAAUGUGGAUGAAGUUCGGAAUAUUUUAACAUACACCAUUAAGAAUCUGAAUUCAUUUAUGCCAACGAUGACCAAAGAUCAAGCACAUGAAUUAUUCGUGCUAUGUAUUUCAAAUAAUUAUCUUACAGAAGCUCUUCUUAUCCUCGAAUACAGCGUAAAUGUAGGAUUUCAACAAAUUGCUGACAUGGCUAAAUUAUUGUAUAAUAAUAAAGGGCUCGCUGCCGACGAGCGUGAAAAAUUGAUGACUAUAAUAGGAGACGAUUUAGCGGUCUCAUUGUAUGAGAUGAACUUGGAAUAAUAUCAAUUAGUCGCAAUAAAGAAGUAUUUAUAACAGUUUCUGAUUGUAUAUUUGUCUGUAUCUCUUUUUCGUUACAUUUAGCACAACUUUAAAUUAUUACGUUAACGCGCUUUACGAAGUUUACGAAAGUUUCUUGGCUG